AUGGCUAAGUCAGACGCAGAACAAAUUGAGUACCAAGAGACAUCGGCGAAGGGUGCCGAGCUUGAACAAGAUGCGCUCUAUCAAGCCUAUGUCACAAAAAGUCCUGAAUGGCAUCAGAAGAUGACUCGCUCUCUUUUACGCAAAGUGGACUUGCAUCUUUUGCCAUUCUUGAUCUUGAUGUAUCUGCUCAAUUUUUUGGACCGCAACAAUUUGUCACAAGCGCGUCUAGGAUCCCUCGAGAAAGAUCUAGGAAUGAAAGGGACUGACUAUAACUUGGCUACGAGCAUUCUGUUCGUUGGUUAUUUAUUGAUGCAGCUGCCAUCUAACCUCCUUCUGACUCAAAUCCGACCGUCACUAUUCUUGGGGAUUGCCAUGGCCAUUUGGGGUGUCAUAUCUGCCUGCCAAGCUGCUACUCAAUCUUUCGCAGGCCUGGUCGUUACACGGUUCUUCCUCGGCUUUGUCGAAGCCCCAUUCUUCCCGGGUGCUGUCAUGUUAAUGUCGAGUUGGUAUACAAGAAAAGAGCUCAGUGUUCGCAUCGCAUGGUUCUAUGCGGGUAGCUCGCUAGCGAACGCGUUUGGUGGAUUGAUUGGAGCUGGUGUUCUGGGUAACCUAGAUGGUGCACAUGGCCUUGCCGGAUGGCGUUGGCUAUUCAUCAUCGAGGGCAGUAUCACAACCGGAAUAUCUCUUCUUGCAGCCAUCUUCCUUCCAAAUUACCCUGCAACCACCUCAUGGCUAGACGCCCAGGAGCAAGCAUAUGCCCAAUGGCGUUUGAUCGAUGAUGCAGGCGAAGCCGAUGACGCGAGUACCAGUAGCAUCAAGGAAGCUCUGGCUCUGGUAUUUGCUGACAAGCGUAUCUACCUCUUCAUCCUGCUUCAGCAUGUCUCGCUUCUAUCUCAGAACUUCCAGUACUUUUUCCCGACCAUCGUGCAAACUCUUGGGUACAAUAACAUCGAGACUCUUUUAAUCACAGCACCCGUGUGGAUCGCCACUUUUUUUGUCUCACUUUUCGUCACCUGGACAUCUGGCAAGACAAACGACCGCAGCUGGCACAUUAUUUGUUUGAUGAUGAUCAGUGUGGUAGGAGGAGUAAUCUGCACUGCAACAACAAAUACCGGCGCAAGAUUCUUCGCCAUGUUCCUAAUGCCAAUGGGUGCUGUUUCCGCUUAUCAGAUCAUUCUCGCGUGGGUCGCAAAUUCUUUCCCUAGACCUCUGGUCAAGCGAUCUGCUGCCAUUGCUCUGGCCAAUAUGAUUGGUAAUACUGCUUCAAUCUAUGGAAGCUACAUGUGGCCUGACUCGUCGGGUCCCCGCUACAUCCCGGGUGGCACUGCUACUGCUGUGAUCGCAUUGCUGGUUGCUGUUGUGGCUCUAGUCAUUCGACUAGUUCAUGUGAAGAUGAAUAAGCGAUUAGAAGAGGCGGAGUCCUCGCAAGACAUUCCCUCUUCAGAUGUCUAUGACCUGGAUAGUCGCGUCACUGGCUUCCGUUAUAUCCUUUGA